CUGUUUUUGUUUUUGUGUUUUUUUUUUUUUUUUUUUUAUUAUGUUAAGCCUCAAAGUAACACAUAUUUUACCAGGGUUGGUUAUGUCUGUAGCACUGGUUGAAAACAGUGAGCUUUUUACUGAUCCUGGUUGAUCUGACCUAGGAUCAGUCUCAUAGUGACAGAAAAUAGGGUUGGUCUGAUUCAUCCUGCUUAGUGCAAUGUGUUUUGGGGAUUUUGUUAGACAAAUUUUUCAUUUAUGCUAGUUUUGGUAGUCUGCCAUGUUUGUCCCAUUAAGCACAGGAGAAGAUAAGCGAGGGUCCGAGGAUAUGCUGAAGAAGAGCCCAUGAUUUUCAUGCUAGUCUAUCUUUCCUUUUCACUCUCAUCAUCUCAUCCUUUUCGAUUCAUUUAGAUUUAUUGGUAUUUUCAGUUUUGUGUGUGUGUGACUUUGGAGUGUGGGCUUGUUUGAAUGAGUGAAAGACCUUGGGUUUUUUCAAACCCCUCUCCCUCUCAGGGACAUCUCUUUGUUUCCUACUUAAAAAAAAAAAAUCCGACAAUGGAAACUCUUGUUCAGCUAAAAAACAACCAGUUUUUGAUGGGACUGUGUCGUAAUGGGCCACCUCCCGACCUACAGUAUGACAACUCCUCAGAACUCUAUCGCAUCUCGACUUUUGCCCGUUUCCCAGCUUCUCCCGUUACAGAGCGAAGCUUGGCGAGGGCAGGCUGGUUCUACACUGGUGUGGGCGACCGGGUGCAGUGCUUCAGGUGUAAUGUGACAGCCGAGGGCUGGCAGGCUGGGGACUGUCCCACAGAGAAACACAGACAGCUCUCACCUUCCUGCUCCUUUAUUCAAAGCCUCCCAUCUACCACCAACCUGCUCUCUUCGUCUCACUCUGCUUUCUCGCCACUUCGGAUCGCUCCAGCUCUACCACUUCCAGGCCCUGCUGCUCCUAACCCAUCAGUUAGCCAAGGUGAAGAGGCAGUGGCUUUCCUAAAUACAGCCUUCACUGCUUUGCCGCCCUCUAGUCCCCUGAGCUCUCGGGGUGUGGAGGACAUGUCCCACCAGAGACCAACGUGUCACAACCCAAGCAUGCGCAGAGAGCAGGACCGUUUGGACUCCUUUCACUCCUGGACGCUCUCCAUCAUCACCCCCUCAGAGCUCGCCAGGGCAGGUUUCUACUACCUGGGACAAGGGGACAGAGUGUCCUGCUUCAGCUGCGGUGGACAGCUGAACAACUGGGAACCGGGUGACCGAGCUGUAUCCGAGCACCAGAGGCAUUAUCCAAACUGUCGUUUUGUCAGGGGGGACAGAGCCGAUAACGUGUCGCUGGCCGGUGCCGCAGCAACGGUUUCUUCCCAGGUACCAGCUGGGGCCCCUGGCCUCACCAGCGUGUCCAACCCAUCCAUGCAACAGAGUGAUGAGAGGCUUCUCACCUUUGUGAACUGGCCGUCUCGCAUCCCGGUCCGACCUGAACAGCUGGCUAAGGCUGGAUUCUACUAUGUAGGGAGAAACGAUGAUGUCAAGUGUUUCUGCUGUGACGGAGGCCUGCGAUGCUGGGAAUCUGGGGAUGAUCCUUGGGUAGAACAUGCUAAAUGGUUUCCUAGGUGUGAAUAUUUACUUCAGGAGAAAGGACAGGACUUUGUUCACCAGAUACAAGCUCGAUUUCCUCGCCUUUUUGAACAGCUUUUAACAACAGGAGACAACAACUCCAGAGAGUUUGUGGAUCCGCCUGUUGUGCAUCUGGGUCCAGGAGAGGAGAGGUCUGAAGAUGCCAUCAUGAUGAACACCCCUGUGAUCAAAUCUGCUUUAGAGAUGGGCUUCGAUCGCAGUCUGGUCAAGCAAACUGUGCAGAGCAAGAUCCUGACGAGCGGAGAGAACUACAGGACAGUCCAGGAGCUGGUUUCAGAUCUGCUCAGUGCUGAAGACCAGAAGAGGGAGGAGGAGCGAGAGAUGCUGGCGGAGGCCAUGGCGUCAGAUGGUUUCACGUUUGUGAAGAGGCACCAGGCUGCAUUGUCGCAGCGUCUGAAGAGUGUCGAGCCAGUGCUGGAGCAUUUAAGAGAGCAAAAUGUGUUGUCUGCUGAGGAUUACAGCGGCCUCAUGGCCCAGACUUCAGCCCAGCAGCAAACAGCCAGGCUGAUCGAGCUUGUCCUCACCAAAGGAAACGCCGCCGCCGAGGUGUUCCGCAACUGGAUCCAGAAAAACGACGUCCACCUGCUCAGAGACCUCAUGGGUAUGACUUUUCCACAGGAUACCAGCACAGACUUGAAAACUCAGUCAAGUGAAGCUUCUUCACCAAGCCAAGAUCUUUCAGACCUUCCAAUGGAGGAACAACUGCGGCGGCUGCAGGAAGAGCGUACCUGCAAGGUGUGCAUGGACAAAGAGGUCAACAUUGUCUUCAUCCCAUGUGGACAUCUAGUGGUGUGCAAGGAGUGUGCACCAUCACUGCGGAAAUGCCCGAUCUGCAGAGGCCUUGUUAAAGGCACAGUUAGAACCUUCCUGUCGUAACAUGAGGCAGUAGAUGGUAGUGCUAAAAAUCUUUAACAAAUAGGGUUUUAAUUGUUAGAGGAAAUGCUUUGUGAAUUUUUAAACUCAGAAAGUUGAGUAUUCUAAGUUCAGGAUUAGUCAUCAGUUUACCCUGAAAGUAAUUGUUUUUGCUGUUUAUUGUGCAAUAUCUAAUCAAUCAGGAAUUCUAACGAAAUGAUGAAAAUCUAUUUCAUUUUCAGAAGUGUUAAUGAGUGUUAAUGAAUUGCUGACAUUAAAAUAAUGCCUCACUUGUGUAACA